AUGCGCGCAUUCUCGCUCCUGCUACCAGUGCUGUCCCUCCUCUCGGCGACCGCAAACGCGAUAACCACGCACACGCACAGCCUAGCGCUGCACCAAUGGCCGCUCGGCGCGCCCAACCCGACGGUCCUGGGCAAGGUCUCGUAUAACCCGGCGACGGGCGAGGGCGGGUUCGACGUUGCGGAGCACAGGGGUGCGUGGGCGGAGAGUGGGGAGGAGGAGGAGGUCCGGGUGGGCGUGUGGGAUGGGGAGACGUGGGCGUUUGGGUGUGUGGUUGUUGGUAAAACGUUGAAGCAUCCGGAGAAUGCGGAGAUUACGGUUAGGGUUGAUGAUAUGGGGAAGGCGUGGCAUGUGCAGUAUAAGGCCGGCGAUGAAGCUUCUUCCUCGCCCACUGUGCGCAUCUUGACGCAGGCGCCGGGCCCGCAGCCUGCGCUGAAUAAACCGAUUGUUUUGACGCCUGAUGGCAAGAUUCCGGUGCCGGAGGUGGAGAAGACGUUCUUGCAGAAGUACUGGUGGGUGUUGCUGGGAGCGACACUGCUUAUUAUGACUAGUGGUGGUGGCGCGGAGUAG